UAUUAUUCUGCGCGCGCGAUGGCCAAUGCGGAAGGCAGGAGCAAAGACGCCGAAGCGGCGGCGGCGGCGAGGGAGUGGCAAGAGCCGGGCAUGGCCAGCAAGCUGUACGACGUCUUCACCGUCGCCGGCCUCCGCGUCGACGCCAUCGAGCCCGGGCGCGCCCUCUGCUCCUUCACCGUCCCUCCCCGCCUUACGGAUGCGAGCAAGCGCAUGCAUGGAGGGGCAGUGGCGUCUCUGGUCGACCUGGUGGGGUCGGCCGUGUUCUUCGCCGGCGGCACGCCGACGACGGGCGUGUCCCUGGAGAUCACCAUCUCGUACCUCAACGCCGCCUGUGCAAACGAGGAGAUCGAGAUCGAGGCGAGGGUUCUGGGCAUCGGCGGGACGACGGGGUGCGCGACGGUGGAGGUUCGGAAGAAGGGCACCGGUGAGGUGAUCGCACACGGCCGGCACACCAAGUAUCUCGCCGUCUCCAGUAGACUGUGAUCGAUCGAUCGAUCAGGAACACCGGCGCGUGUUUGCAUGACUGCACCAGUAGCUCUCAUCUCGAGCAAUGGUCGUCUCAGUAUGUUCUGCUUGCAAGGAUCAGUGCACUGUACGCGCAGAUGCAUAUACGCAUGGGCUAAAUAAGAACCCUUAAUUGCAUGGGUCCCCCAAAUGACGUGCUUAUACUGUACGUAUGUAAAUGUCAACAGCGAAACUGAUAUGUAGUCUGUAUCUGCAUCCCGCGUGCAUGCUAAGUAAAAUUU